GGAACUAUGCAGGUGCUGUGCCACCAUUCUCGCCAGACUGUGCCGCCAACAUCACCUUUUUUUAGCCCCCAUCACAACACUUGCACAUUUCAAUCUCGGCCGAAUGCCACGAUAUCAGCAAUGCACCGAUCUGGGGGGGGAAGCAUAGUUCCCCAACGGGGCAUUCUUUGGCGGACGAGACUUUGGACGUUCCACCUCCUUGCCGCAGCCAUCUGUGUAGGUCGGGUGCUGGAAGCGACCACGAGAUUGCUCUUCCCUGCAGAUCGUUGCUAGUUCCUUGCCUGCGCCGUUCAGCUCGAUCCAUUGCUCGCAAUAUCUUGCCUUGGUCCGCGCGUUCCCGAGCUCCGAGCUCUGCCUUCUUUUCUCAUUCUGCCGCAGCGAGCAGUGGAUCAACAUCUCAUUCUUGUGACGAUCAUUCUUCCUGGAGAGUUUGGAUUCCUACACAAGCUUCGAGGACAGCAGAAAUCAUGGAACUCUCAGCGAGCCAGAAGCUCAACUCACCAGCUGCCGUCCCUGUGACGAAUUUCAUGGCAGGUUCCUGGACGGCCGCCUCGACAGCUGCUAUCUUUCUCAGUGUUCGCCUCUAUACCCGCCUAAGAGCCACACGUCGACUGUUCUGGGAUGACACCGUCCUCAUAUUCGGCACCGUUUUCGUUAUCGCAGCAUCAGCACUGUGGCAAUGGGCAGCACCGAAGUUCUGGUUUAUAUUAGCUGUAGGAUCGGGAACGGCCUUUCCAACAGACCUGCAACAGUUCAUGAAGGAUGUCGAAAUCACCAUGCGGGUCUUUUUUGUCGAACAGAUCUUCUUUUACAGCACAUUGGCUUGCGUGAAGCUCUCGCUUCUCCUUUUCUUCAGGAGGAUUGGUUGGCACAUGACAAAGAUCAGAGUCGCUUGGUGGUCGGUCCUGGGAUUUGUGGUGGCAACAUGGCUUACCUCCAUCGGCGAUUCUCAGUGGGGAUGCUUGGUUGCGAAGGGCUUUGAUAUCAUGGCUCAGUGUACUGAGCCUCCGGCUAUCCGGUAUGCCAACCUAACGCUCAGGAUUAAUUGUGCCUUGGAUGUGUUGUCUGAUGCUGCCGUCUUGUCCAUCCCUGUCAUCUUGAUCUGGGACUCCAAACUUCGGAUGGCCAAAAAGCUGGCCGUCAUUGGACUAUUUUCCCUCACACUUCUCACAAUGUUGGUUGCCAUUCUGAGGGUAGUUGGCAUCAGCUCGGCGACCUGGGCAAAUGGUCAGGUUGAUCCGAGCUAUGUGUGGCUGUGGAGUUAUAUCGAAACUUGCAUUGCAAUUAUCGUCGCAUGUCUCACAGCCUUUCCCCAGCUCUUCGUCUCCAACAAAAAGCCCGCCCCAUACAAACAGUCCGGACCAUCAAGCGGAUCAGCCCCGCCCUCGGGAUACAAGGGACAGGAAGACUCUGUCCGCAUGGUGCAGUCAUAUGGUGACGCUCUUGACACGCGUGUUGAUGAGGAGAGCUACGGCUGCUCCCCCAUGGCAUUUGAAAGCCACAGCACCACCAACCUGAAGCCGGCCGGCAUGAGCCAGCCUUAUCCUGAGGUCGUGGAGUGGCAUCACGUUUCGCCGAUUGCCAGCCCAUACCAACAAAAUGGGGUAUACCAACAAAGAUAUGACUAAUCAUCAGUAUUCUGUACAAACUUCCUUUUAUACUCAGACUCAGAAAUACAGCAGCGUUCAAGUUCAGCAUUGGCUUCUAAUGCUGAUAUUUGCCCAAUCAGGCAUGGCGCCAGGCCAUGACCUGGUCCGUCAGUAGCGGCACUUGUGCUCACAUUGGCGCUUUGCUCUUUCCCUUUAUCACUCUCCAUUUUGGAAUACAUCGGCUUCAUAUUCCCCAAGUUUACCACCAGCUUUUCAACAAAACCUCUCCCAGCAGAAUUGGCCAGGACACCAUGACCCCCAUCUAAACCCCCCCUCUCGCCCUCCCCAAAAUCCCCUACCUCCUCUGGGGCAUCAUCGAGCUCCUCUGCUUCCUCAGGGGCCUCUUCUCCUCUGUCCCCGACCUCCAACCAAUCCACGUCAAGCGCCUGACCCUCCUCCACCCCCGCUCCCGCGACGUCACACUACUAAAGCGCUACCUCUGGGUGAUGCUCCUCGUCAACGACCUCCCCUGGGUCGUCCACCUCUAUCUCGAAAGCUAUUACCUCAACGACUGGGAGCAUUUCGCCGACAACAUUCAUGUUGUCUCUCCGCUCAUGACGUCUGAUAAACCGACGGGAAGCGUACUAAAAGACGAUGGGACGCCAAUGACGGACAAAGAAAAAUUUCUUCAAGAAAGAGCUACUGCGUUUGUGUGGGGGUUGGUUUGGUGUGCUUUUUGGUUUCUGCUUAGGUUCGCGACGAUGAUGGGGUGGUUUGGAAAGAUUGAUGGCAGGGUGGUGGAUGAGGCGAAGGUGGGGGGAGGGAUAAGUCGACGGCUGGGACGGUGUUUUCGAGGAAUGGAACUGCGGAGGACGAGGAGGUGUACACGCUUUCGUUGGAUAAAGAUAAGGUGAUGAAGGGAGUGACGGUUUAGAUUGAGGCUAUCUAGAUUCGUAUAGAGAACAGGCGGUGGAGGUAAACACUAAUGUCCGGUCGCGUGAGCAACACAGCAUCAAAUUUCUAAC